CCAAGCUGGCGUCCUAGCCAUGUCCAAGUUCACCCCCUCGCCCGCCGAGGUUCACCUCGUCAACCAGAUAUUCGCCCAGGCAGACACGCAGAAGCUCGGCGUCAUCACCGGCGAUGCCGCCGUCAAGAUCUUCAGCGGCUCCAAGCUCUCGCCCACUGUGCUAGCCGACAUAUGGAACCUCGCCGACGAGGACAACAACGGCGUGCUCACGCGCAAGGGCGUUGCCGUUGCCGUGCGUCUGCUCGGGCACGCGCAACGCGGCGAGCAGAUCACCGAGGCAUUGGUCAACAGACCCUGCCCACCGCCAGCCAUUGAAGGCCUCACCCCACCACUCAUUCCGCAGAGUACUGGAAUCCCCUCCGCCAAGUCACCACCACCAGGAUUUCCCCCGCUUACUGCACAAGACAAGGGCAAGUUCAUGAAGAUGUUCGUAGGUUACGGCCCAACGAAUGGAGUCCUUGCUGGUGAUAAGGCGCGGGACGUGUUCGUGAAGUCCAAGCUACCUGUAGACAAGCUGUCGCAAAUAUGGAACCUCGCUGAUACGAAGAACCGCGGCGCGUUAGACGCGACGGACUUCACGAUCGCAAUGUACCUGAUCCAGGCAUGCAUGUCAGGCCAGGUGCAUACACUUCCUGCAACAUUGCCACCGGGGCUUUACGAACAAGCAGGUGGUAAAGGACCAUUUGACGGUGUUGCUGUUCACACCACUGGUGGAAGCAGUACAUAUAGCCCAUCACUCAACAGUUCGUUCCCCCGCCCAGUAAGCAUGCUCGAACCGCAGUACACAGGACAGGGUUCCCCGCUGCAGCCGCAGAUGACCGGUCCGAUGCGUUCGACUCCAACCGCGCCCAGCCUGCCUCCUCGCUCGGCCUUGAGUAACGCAGCGACAGCAUCCGCGUUCCCGUUCCUGCAGCAACAAACUACUGGUGCGACGCAGCAGCCGUGGGAUGUCACGCCGGCAGAGAAGGCUAGUGCAGACCGCCUGUUCGAGGGCCUAGAUACCCAGAAGAGAGGCUACAUCGAAGGCGACAUUGCUGUGCCAUUUAUGUUGCUGUCUAAACUGCCGGAGGAUGUCCUUGCGCACGUUUGGGACCUCGCAGAUCUCAACAAUGACGGCCGUUUGACUCGAGAUGGAUUCGCCGUGGCCAUGCACCUCAUCCAGAGCAGGCUAAACGGGAAGGAAGUACCUGCCAGCAUUCCUCUGACGCUCAUUCCCCCUUCAAUGCGCGGUGCAGCGCCCGGUCAAGCCCCACCCCCGCAGCCGUCCGUUCAAGACUCAAUUCGCGACCUCAUUUGGGAUGAUUCGCCGCCAGCUUCCGCGACUAUGCCUCCCCCUCAGCAGCCGGCGCUUCAACCACAAGCCACGGGCACACUGUCGUCGAGGACGCCCAUUGCAUCUCCUCCUAUGCGCUCCCAGACGAUAUCUGAUCCGUUUGCCUCGAGCACGCCCGUAGCUACGCGGUCUCCGUUCGCCAUGCCUCCUCCUGCCGUACACCAUGACCUUUUAGGGGACGAUGACGAGCCGGCGCAAACUGCAUCGCCACCUCUCCACGACCAGUCGGCCGAAAUUGGUAACGUGAAAAACCAGUUAAACUCGACCAAUAGGUCUUUGGAAGUAGCCAAGGCCGAGCGCGAUGAUAUGGAGCGCAAGCUCUCUGAGCAGGCUAGUCAGCUAGCUGCGCUGCAGACCCAAUUGUCAUCCGCUAAAGCGGCUUAUGAAACUGAGACGCGCCUCCUGAGUGCACUGCGGGAGCGAUAUAACGCGCAGACAAUGGAGAUGCAGCAGGCACGCGAGAAUCUCAUUCGUGGCGAGAGCGAUUUGAGUGCCGUUCGCGUCGAGAAGGCUGAGAUCGAAGGCUCGUUCCUGCGUGACAAGGAGGACGUGCGCGAGUUGCAGCGCAAGAUGACCGAAGUAUACAUGGAAGUUGAGACACUCAAGGCCGGGGUGGAGAAGGCGAAGAAGGAGGCGAAGCAGCAGAAGGGCUUACUGGCGAUCGCGCGGAAACAGCUCGCUACCCGUGAGGCGGAGCGGGCGAAGAUCCAGAAGGAGCUGGAGGAAGCGCAUAUCGAGCUCACGGAUGUCACGAAGGAGCUCGAGGAAGUGCAGGCGAAGGCGGCGGAGGAAGUUCCCGCGCCGAUGACCAACGGCCGCGGUGUUGCCUCGCCCGAUAUCCUUGCGAGAGCUCUCGCCCAGCCACUUCCUGCUACCCCGGACAUCCCCACGAGUCCCACCGGGUCCGUGAUGAGUCUGGGGAAGAGCAACAACCCCUUCGAGCGCGUGGCGAUGGCAUCUAGCCCUGGUUCGCGCUCGCAGUCGCCCUUCCUGCCGUUCACGAACUCAGCGAUGCUGCCGACACCGCCCACUGCUGGGGGUAAUGCGUCCAAAGAAGCCGAGGAGUCUACUCCCGUUGUCGCAGCGUCACCCAAUCCGUUCCGCUUCUCGCAGGCAUUCUCCCCAGAACAAGUAUUUAGUUCGUUGGAGGCUCCUGCAGAGGCGCAACUCGGCGUGUCGCCGAUUGAUCUCAUGUCUCCUACUGAUACGGACAUGUUCCACACACCUCCGAGUUCAGCUACGCUCACGGCCCUUAGUCCCAUGCCUCAGCCGCUCCACGAAGGUGCGGAUCUCGAGGCGCCUGCAUCAACGGAUACCAUCGUGCCGACCGGCCCUCAAGCGUCGGAGCACGAUGAGCUGGUGGAAGCGCCAACGAAUGUCAAUGACCAACAGCAGGACACGGAUCUGGGCCAUCAACUGAAGGAGCUCGAAGUCGAAGAGUCGGAUUCCGAUAGCGACAGCGAGAGCUCGGACGAUGAGCCUCUUGCGACUAUCAAAGCGCCUACGGGUCCCGAGCCGACCAUUGCUGAGCAGCCGGACGCAGCUGGCACGUCGUCUAUUCCAGAAAUCAGUGCAUUUGAUGAUUCCUUCGGUAUCACAACAGAGGAUACCCGGCCUUUGUCUUCCUUCCUCCCAGCGGCGGCAACGCCUGUCAGAAGUGAUUCCCUUGCAACUAGUGUGCAGCCCGUGGACGCUCAGCCCGCGCCAGAUGAUGCCUUUGCAGCCGCAUUUGGGACCCCUUCGGCACCUACAACGGCUCCUGUAGCACCCGCGUCGUCUGCAUCGGUAGACACAGCCCAGAAGACUAAUGGUUUCGUGGCUGAAACACCGGGAGUUGACGAUUUCGACGAAGCCAUGGGCAAAAUCUCCGCCGUAUCAAGCACGAAUGGUGGUCAAUCGCAGCCCACACAAUUCGACUUCGGUUCCGCUUUUGAUGACAAUUUUGACUUCGCUGCUGCGACUGCGGUCACGACCUCUGUCCCUGCAACCAACGAUACCAAUGCAAAUAUGGUGCCUGCGCAGGCCACUCCCAAUGCAUUCGACAGUGUCUUUGUGUCCCAGCCGGCCGUCAACGCUGCUCAGCCCCCCGCUCCCGCUGUUCGACUGCAGACCACAGGCACGUCCCCCUUUGAACAACCAAGUGGUCCCGAGACAAGGCCCUUCUCCUUUGAUGAUGCCUUUGGUGCAACAAGCAUCCAACCCCACCCGAGCUCAAGUCAGCCAGGUUCAAGCAAUCCUUCCCACGGCAUUUCCUUUGAUGACGCUUUUGGCGGCCGAAACUCUGUUCUCGCUUUGGAUACCUCUUAUACGUCUACCUCUUCACAGUCCCAACAGGCGCCGCCACCCGCGCAGCCCAGGACAUCCGCUGCGUUCCCUACCACUUCGCCUCCAUUGUCUCCUGUCAGAGCUGCCUCUCCGCCGCUCGAUGCGCGCCGCUCCUCGUCCCCGGCGCGUAGAAUGUCACCACCACCGCGACACUCUUCUCCCAAACCCCGGCCUUCCACCGCCUCAUCGGACAAGGAGAAAGCGCCAAGUCACCGGACGUCUAAACUGAGCAUCCGCCUGCCAUUUGGUAGAAAGAAGAAGGCGCAUGACAUCCCGCCCGUGCCACCGCCGCUCACCAGCCAACACCUUGUGGAAGAGCCUACGCCCUCCGCUGAUGACGACCUUCCGGCUGUCAAGCAGCUGUGUGGAAUGGGAUUCAGCCGGACACAGGCUGUGACCGCGCUGGAGUUGCACGACUAUGACCUUCAGAGGGCUCUCAAUAGCUUACUCGGUUCUUCAUAAUUUUUGAUUGAUACUAGUACCGACUACAAGGAUAACCAUCUCGUAUUCUCUCCUCGUACUAUCACACGCUCCUUCGGACUCUAGUCUUAUUGACCUUCCUUACCUGAUGUUUCCCGCUCUCUUAAUGACGUGCUUCACAACGAAUUGAACGCGUUUCUCAUCUGUACCGCGAACGGCGUGCCGCUUUACAAUGCCGCGUAGCUAUGGGGAGCGCCCGACAAUCCCGGACCGUGUGGUUUCGAUCCGUGUCGAUCCCGCUAUUUAUUAAGUUUGUCUGACAAGAAAGGGUCCUCUCUGGG